AUAAGGCAUCAGCCUCCGGAGCUGGGGAUUGUGGGUUCGAGUCCCAUCUGGGUCGUGCCCUGUCUGUUUUGUGGCGCGGCCGCGGGGCCGCCCCGUGCUCGGGAUCCCCGACUCUUUUACCCGCAGCUGCCCCGAGCCCCCGCUCUUCCCGGGCGCCGAGUGCUGCCUGGAGCCGCGGGGAUCGUGCGAGUGCGUCCCGCUCUCUUCUCAGGGCUCCGUCGCAGCUGCAGCCGGGGAACAGCAGCGCCCGCAGGUGCCACGGCGCUUUUGGUCCCUGUUUUGGUCCCCCAUCGCCCCUGGGAAAGCUUUUAAUCUCUCCUGCCUGAGCAUCCCUGUUGCAAUGCUGGAGUGCUCCAAGCAUAUUUACUCUACUCUUAAUGGAGGUCCUGCCCAGGAUCCCUGCUCUAUGCUGAGAAGCCCGGCCAGGCUCUGAGCAAAGAUGUUUUCAGUGCCGCAGCUGAGGUUCGGGUGAAGGAGCCAGCGCGGGGCACGGGCAGUGCCAGCGGGAAUGCCAGGGAAGGGCGGCUCCCGGGAAUGCCCCCCGGGCCCCCGGGCAUCCCCUCCCUGGCCCCCGACAAGAGGAAACGCGCGGAGCCUUCCCUGGAGAACAGCACAGGGCCGAGGAAGCACCUGGGGCAGCUCGGAGGGCUCCGGGCCCCGGGGGCUGCUCCCGGCCAGGCCAACAGGCCGCACCCGGAGCGGCGGCGGGCCGGGGCUGCCAACAGCCUGGGGGCCCUGCGAGCCCCUCCCCGCCCUAAGGCCCUGCUGGAAACACAUCCUUUCCCGGACUUUGGAAUGGGGGAGCCCAACGAUCCUGACACGCUGCACCACUUCAACCGAGCGGGGAAGGGAAUGGCCUACAAAGAGCCCGACCCGUCCGGCAGGAUCCUCAAGGCCUCGUGGGUCACGAACCGCUGGGAGCCCAGCCCGAGGCACCGGGGCGAGCUGGGGACAGACGGUGACAAGGAGAAGCUGUGUCAGAGCGAGUGCAGGAAGGAGCGGGAUGAAGGGGAGGCUUUCUGUGCCAGCGAGUUCGCAGCAGUGAAUGGAAUUGUUUACAACCUGGAGAGCCUGGGCCAUGGGGUGCAGUGGGUCACCCUGCUGGUGGACACUGAUGGACUGUACAGGAUGAGCCGCCUCUAUGUCACCCCCGACGCCGCCUUCUUCCGAGUUCACAUCCUGCUUGUGGAUACUUUGAACUGCAGCAAACCAUGCCCAGACUUUAAACUUGGCAGCCGCUACAUCGUCAUGGGGCACAUCCACCACAAGCGCCGCCAGGUGCCCCCGGAGCUGCUCCCGGCCCUGAGGGGGCGGCUGCGCCCCGGGGACGGCUGGGUCGGGAGCGGCAGCGGCUUCGUGAGGAGAUUCAACAGGAAAAGGGAUCUCAGGGUGAGGGCAGCGCGCUCCAGGUGUCCCUGAGGCUCCGUCAGGACGGGGGAGCGGCGGGAUCGGCCCUCAGAGCGCCCCGGCCGAGGGCAGCGCUCCCGCUGGAGCCUCAGCAAACACCGGGGGCCUCGGGCAGGCACCCCCGGCCAGGCUCGGCACAGAAUUCACUCUAGGGAAUGUGAACCGGCCGGGAAUUUGCUCCAGCUGCUUGCAGAGCCACAGGUUAUUGUUGCUUCCCCUGCUGCAGUGCGCCCCGAAUAAUCUGUAGUAACUGUAAUGCAAAAUUCUGGCAGUUUCGUCCUCGGUACGCAACAACUGCACUUUGAACGCUUCACCUUGAACACAUUAGAUGAUACCACAGCUUUAUCUACACAGGAUGUUCACUGUGCUUUCACAGUUCUGCCUAAUGCACUUGAUUUCAGAGAAGCCAACACCACUGAGUACCAUUUGUAUUAUUUUUGUCUCCUCAACCACGUCCAUGGUAUUUCUGAAAAUUACACCAUUCUUCCAGCAGAGCUGGAUGUUCACACAAAGCAUACAGAAUAGAGUGUAAUAAUUUGAGUAUAUGAACACUGACUGAAAGCAAAUCAAGAACUGCAAAUGCCCAGUUGCAUUUACAAGUGAUGGUGCAGGGAAUGCAAAAUGAGCAUGGGCUGCACACACUGGGUGUGCCAGGGCACUUUGUCCCAGAGCUGUGCUGAAUGCCAUUCCCCAGGAGAAAUGUUGCCAAGCUUGUACUUGCACAAGAGUAAAGUUACUUUUUAAAUCAAAAAGACAAUAUUUUAUUACCUUUAGUGUGCUGAAAUUGAGAUGUUUGUUGUUCCCAGUCAGUAUUCACAAAUAAUAAGUCUGUAAAAGAAACUAAUAAAAUGCUCAUGAAGUUCUGCUUUCACUGUC